ACAGAACACUUCCUGGUAUAUUAAAAAAAAAAAAAAAAAAAAAAAGUCGCGGUUUUACUACGUUUCGUGUUAAACAUUACCGUGAUAAAAAUGGCAUUCAGGACAUCCUAAGACAUUUUGAAACAGCGGAUAAAGCUCGUUAUAAUCUCAGUUCUUUGUCUGUGGAGAGCUAAGAAGUGUUUAAACCAGGCUAUACAGCCACACAGACCUGUAUAAAUGUAGGUUUUCAUGUUGUUCGUGGGAUUUUCAGAAUUUAAGGAUGACCGACCCCAACAAACCUGGGCGUAAGCUGUCCACAUCAGGAGAAAGCUUAUACAAGACUCUGGACUUGCAAAAAGGAGCUUCAUCUGAGGACAUUAAAAAAGCUUAUAGAAAACUUGCACUCCGGUAUCACCCAGACAAGAACCCAGACAACCCAGAGGCUGCUGAAAAGUUUAAAGUGAUCAACAAUGCUAACUCCAUUCUUAAUGAUGAGACCAAACGUCAGAUCUACGAUCAGUAUGGAUCCAUGGGCCUGUAUGUUGCUGACCAGUUUGGAGAAGAAAGUGUUAAAUACUAUUUCCUCAUGUCAAAAUGCUGGUUCAAGACACUUUUUUUCUGUACCAUGUUUUUCACUUGCUGCUGUUGCUUCUGCUGCUGCUGCUGCUGCUGUGGGAAGUGUGGAUCAAAAGAGGAAGAGGAGGAAUACUUCUAUGUGGAUCCCGAGCAGCUUGAAGCUCAAAUGUUUGAAGAGCAAAACAAAGGGAAUCAAACUGUUAUUGUCGGACAACCAGUUCCCUCCGAAGCUCCAGGAGCUUCACCAAAGGGUCCUGUGAUCAUAGGCAUGCCUAUUCCUAGUCAAGACUCUGUGGACCAUUAAGGUGGUGACACAGCCAUAAACACACAGCCAGCUCUCAACAGAACAUCAGCCGUUUGCCUUUAAAGAUCAAACAAGUACAACCAUGUCAUUGAACUUGGCCCACUGGCACUUGAGGAAAUUUUGGCUGAUGGACAGGGGCUGCAUAUAGUGUGUGCGUGCGCGUGCGUGCGCGCGCGCGCAUACGCGCUCUCUGUGGAGUAAAAGUGGUUCAGAAUAUACCGUUUACAUUCACUGUACUUUUCCUUCUGUAAUUUUAAUGUGGUAUCAAGUUCUUUCCCAUAUUUAGAUAUUUAUAUAGUGAAAUCUUUUAAAUUGACAGUAACCUAUUUGUUUCUCCAGCACUUAAAAAUAUACUGGUAUUCAAAUUGUACAUGAGAUUGGGGGGGAUACUUUGUAAUUCCAAAACCUCUUUAGGAGCACACAAUACCAGCAGUUUUGGCCUGCCCUUGUUUAUUUGUCUUAAAUACAAAUUUAAAUGGGAACUAUAUUUUAGUUUAAAUGACUGUGACCAUGACACAUUCAUAUUUAUCUUUACAUGUAAUAGAAUAUUGGCAGUAUUUAAAUAUUUUCAACAUUUAGCAUGGACUUUAAAAACACUUUAAAUGCAGCAGUGAUUGGACUACAAUGCUGUAUUAGAGCAAUUGCAAUACUCUGCUUGACAGUAUACUGUGAUUAAAAAAUGCAAGCAAAUAUGCCUCAGAAUAAAUGCUGUUUUUGCAGGCUCUUGGUGAAAAACAUUACCCACAGUACCUAAGAAAACAUUUAGAAAUCUGGUAUUUAGUUUUAUGAAUAAUGUACUAAGAACAAGUCAGAGGUUACUCAGGUAUCUUCCAGAUUGACAUUUUCAUUCUUCUGGGAUCUAAUUAAGAUAUUUUAGUUUUGAGAAAUUCAAACAAUGGCAUAACUGUAAUGAGUCAUCUGAUAUAUAUUUUUAUAUUAGUGUAAUGCAAAGUCAAUACGGUUCAAUGCUUCAGAUGUUUGUGCAAUAUAAAGAUGUUUGUAUUUGUAAAUUGGAAGUGUAUGCUAUGAUUUAAAUUGAAUAAAUUAUACUUUUGAUUGCCA